AUGGCGUCUCUGACCCGAGCGCGUCUCGGUCUCUCUUCGCUUCUUCGAGCUCUGAUGGCGUGCUUCAACUUUCCCUUGAUUCUUCUCGCGAUGUUGAACGGCAGACAGGGCUUUGCGGCGCUGCAGCGCUUCUUUAACUUCCUGGUGCCGCAGGGUGGCCUGCGCGCGCUUCAGACUGCUGUGCAAGAGAGCCGGCGGCGAGAGGCGCUCUUCCGCGCCUUACUCGAGUGGCGGGCCUCUGCGACGUGCCCGUCUCGUGGUGGUGUAAAUUCCAGGGCGGGACUUCUUCAGUCGCGGGGUCCUUCUCAGUCUGCUCGUCUCGACAAGCUCCUGCGGGCGGCCAGGGAGCGAGAAGAACUCGAAGAAGCUUUGGAGCUCACGCUUCAGUGGCUUCUGCGGGUCGUGCGCGUCAGCCGUAAAGACGCCCCAUGGUGCUUCCCGAAGACUCUCGAUCUGGCGGUGGGGGGAGGCGGUGCGGCGGGCGGGGAGGCUGCUGGCAGGCCGCGCGGUAUGCAGCCGAACGACGCAGAGAAAGUGACUGGGGGCUGUGGAGGCGACGCAUGUCUGUGGGAAGGAGACGGAGGGGCGAGGCGGAGAAAGCGGACCCAGUUUGAUGUAGGCCUGCGGCCAGACAGUAGACGCGAUCUCCAAGAAGAAACCGACGCAGAGACAGACCUACGGCUAGGCGGUUAUCCAGAGGGAAAGGCCUUGAGCGGGCGAGAACGCAACCGCUGCAGUUGUUGCGGAGACCCGCUCACUGAUGAGGGCGAACUGGUUUUUCACGACCAGGAAGAUGACUCACGCGGAGACCCAGAGGCGGCGCGCCUCGCGACGGGGGCAGCCCACGAAGGCUGCCGCGUCGAUCGCGAAACCUUAUCCUGGAGUAUAGAAGAGAGUUGUGCUCGCGCCGCGACGGCGUUGCUUCAGUGCCGAAUGAAAGUUCCUCUCUCCCGAAUUCUCCGGCAGGAGCUGCUCCUUCGCUUCGGGUUUUCAGCUUCCACGCAAGACGCGCUUCUCCGUCGUCCCCUCCAGAGUCUAUACUCGUUUCCUCCUGCUUUUGCCUUCGCCUUCCCGGGUGUGUCUCCUCCUGCGCCCGGCGGGACGCUGUCUCUCCUGGGGAGGUCGCCAGAGGCGGUCGCCGUCGCGAGCUGGGCGCCACCGCCUCUGCAGCCCGUGGGGGCUGCAGGCUCCAGCUCCACAGGCGCCAGCGGGCCCCUUGGCGGCGGCGGGGGUCAGCAGCCGCAGGCCGUCCUGGUUGGGCUCCAGCAGCAUCAGGCGUUGCAGUCGAUGGAGGAGCAGAUGAUUCGCACGCUCGAAACUCAGCAGAUGGUUGAGGGCGUCGCAGAGGAAAACGAAGGCACAGAUGGCAGUUGUCCGGUGCUUGUCGAGGUUCUUCUUCAUAUCGUUUGCUCGCUCCUCUUUGGAACGCGCGGCGAGACGACGCCUGUCGAGAAUGCGCAGUGGACUCGCCUCUUCUUCCCGCUUUUGCAUACGUCUCCUCUGUCGCCGCCUCCUGUCGCGUCUUCUGAAGAGGUGGAGAGCAGGCAUCGACGUCUGCUGUUUGCUCUGCUCACAGAAGUCCUGCUCCCUCCUGCGGCGCGGGCGUUCAGUGCCAACUCAUCCGGGGGAUUCUUUCGAAAGCCGUCCUCAGCUCCCGCAGACUGCGGGCCGUUUCCCGCUUGUCUCGGGGGCAGCGCCCUGGCCCGCCCCUCCGUCGCAGUCGCAGAACGGCCAGAAGGACGCGCGGGCGCCGGCGACCAGCUGCGCUCUGCGCUGACUGUCCCGCCCCGGAUCCGGCUGCGGAGGUGGCCUUACAUCUUCACUUUCCACUUGCUGGCGAGCUCGUGUCUGCCUCCGUGGGGCACGUCCUUUCUGCGCCGCAGCUCGUUCGCCUGUUGCUGUCCCUGCUGCCCCAGCGCCGAAGGCAAGGCCUCUAUCCGCGAUGCCGACGGAGCGGUCGCGGAUGGCGGCAGCCUCACCGCGUCGGGCUCCGGCGCGCCUCUGCAGCGUCCUCCUUACGAGGGCAACCUAGUCGACGGCGGGCGGACUGCGCCCCCAACAGGGGAUGGCACUGCGGGUGCGAAGGGAGCGGCCUUCUCCGCGCAUAGGUGGUGCGCGUGCUGCUACUGCUUUCCGCAGCCGCACAGUCCGUGUAUCAAAGCCUUGACAACAGGAAACAGUUCCCUGUCCAGUGUGCCUGCCGCGCCGAUUGCUGCAGCUGCUUCGGCUGCAGCCAGGGCGGCGGCUCGCCUGCCUGCAGGAUCUCCGCCCCCGUCCUCCGGCUCGUCAUGCCCGGUCGUGGGCGUCGCUCCACCAAGCGCAGGGGCAUGCGGAGACAGUUUGGCUUCUUCCUUAAUUCGAGACACUUGCCAGGGUGACCGUUGCGGCGGGAAAUGCGGAGAGGCCUCUGGCCCAGGGGCCGACGACGGCGAGCCGCUCUGCGCCCCGGCGUCACUGGCUGUCUUCGUAUCGACCGUGGUCGCGGCCGCGUUCAAGCCUCACCUCUUCUCUAUGCUUGACACAAACGCAAGUUACGCGACGAAUAUGUGGGAAAGCACCUCCGUCAACUCGCUAGCGGCGACUGUGGGGAUCGGAGGUGCCGCUAGCGGUGUCAAAGGCGAGAAAGGAGAGGGAGGGGGGUCCACGGCCAUGCCGGCCUCAGGCCGCGGCCCUGCGGCGAGUGCAGCGGCUUCUGCGGCAACUGAACAGAAUGGAGCGCCUCAGUCUCUGCAACUGCCCUACUUGCUGCAGUCCCCUCCGACGUUUCUUCUGCAUCCUCUCCAGGAGAUCCUCUUGGAAGGCCUCCCUCGUCGAUUUUCUUCUUUGCUGGCGGGCGUGCAGGCGCCACAGCCAAGCAUAGUCCCUCCGCUUGCGCGCCUCGCGGCUGCUGUGAGUCAGGCGCUUCAGUUCACAGCCACGCAGCAGUCGACAGUUGCGGAGGGCGAUCAACUUCAGCAGCCUCCCACAUUUCAGCGAGAUGCUCUGUUCGCUCUUGUGGAGGAGCUCCACAAGCGUUUCUUCGCCGUCGACUUCCUCCGCAUCGGGUCUUUUCUGCAGCAGCAGCAAAUCCUCCAUCGACACCGACAGCUCGAUGGCUUGAUUGCCAUGGGGCGCGGCGUCAUCGGCGGCAGCGGUGUGAGUGCCUCAUCCUGCGAAGGCGACUACUCGGCGUCUCCGCGGGCCUCGAGUGCGUUGGGAGACGCGGGUGGCGUGGUGGCGCUGGCGGCGGGCCUUGGGGCGGCGGCCGCUGCGGGAGACGUUCUCGCGCAGCUGCGUCUGAUGGCGCCAGCGACACCCUCGGGCGUGGGCAGCGCCGCCUCGCCCUCUGCCAAGGAGACUGUCAGUGGAAAAGGCAACAGUGGAAGCAAGUUUGGCGCUGGCGCAUGUGGGGGGGCGUUCGGCCACACCGACGUGGGCGGGGGGAUGGCUGGCGAUCCGCCGCGGAAGGCUGGACCCGGGGGAGGGAAGGGCAAAGGGAAACGGAGAGACUGA